ACUAGUGGCAAGAGGCACACUCCUGCUCUUGCAGGGGAAGUCUGACACCUUGAGGACGGCAGAGGGGGUGCUGGGAGCCCAGAGGAGCCGGAGUGGGAGAAGCUUUGAGAGUUACGGCGUGGGGGUGGGGGUUACUUUUUUCAAGUCUGGCGACCUGCCGCCUGGGUGCUGGUUUACUGGGAUGGGAGCAGGGCGUUCAGAAGCCGGUCCUGACGCGAACUGAAGUCGGACAACCUGCAGAGCCCGCCCGAAGCCUGGAGGUGUGUCUGGCGUACAUCCAGGACCGCAGAGUGCGUUCCGGCCACCGACGUGGCCAGAGGAGGGCUGGCUUGUGGUCAGCUUGCCUGCCCAACUGGCUGACCUCAAGCAGUUGGCCCAGAGCAGCGGAGGUUAAUCCCAGGCAGCCGAGUCGGAGACCUGCCCGCGCGCGGGUCCCCUCCAUCCACCGCCGCGCAGAGCGGUGCGUGGGACGCGCAUCUUCACAGCUGUCCCUUCUGAGCAGGGACUGGGCAGACCCUGAGUCAGGCAGCCGCCCGGGACGGAAGGCGAGGUGCCCUCCUCUGGGCUCAGCGCUGUCAGCCGUGAGAACGUUAACUUUACCCCGAGGGAUCAGUGGGGGCGGGGGUGGGCGAGGUUCUCCUCCCCUGGCGCUCACCUCCUCCUCCAGAGCCUCCCCUCCCCCGCCUCCCAUGGCAUCGUUCUCAGAGGAUCCUCACUCCGCCCAGUUCGGUGCCAGCUGCGUGGGCUCCAGCUUCGUGCGUUUUCCUUGGAAUGCUCCAAAACUCGGCAACGACUAAGGAAAUCCCAUUGGAAUUUGCCGGACGUGCUCUCACCCGGCGUAGCACCCGUGCCGCCCGUCCUCGGAUCGAUCCCUCUCCAGCCAGAAGAUUGCAACUUUCCAGGUGGGUAGAGGUCUGUCUCCUGAACUAGACAGUAAACUCCUUUAAGAAACCCAGAGGAUGCUCAAAAAAUGUAGACAAAGAAAUAGCAUGGCAUGAAACAUGGCUCAGUUCUAUUACAAAAGAAAUGUUAAUGCCCCCUACAGAGAUCGCAUCCCUCUAAGGAUAGUUCGAGCAGAAUCGGAACUCUCACCGUCAGAAAAAGCCUACUUAAAUGCUGUGGAAAAGGGAGAUUAUGCAAGCGUCAAGAAAUCCCUAGAGGAAGCUGAAAUUUAUUUUAAAAUCAAUAUUAAUUGCAUUGAUCCUCUUGGAAGAACUGCUCUCCUCAUUGCAAUUGAAAAUGAGAACUUGGAGCUCAUUGAACUGCUCUUAAGCUUUAAUGUCUAUGUCGGAGAUGCUCUAUUACAUGCUAUAAGGAAAGAAGUCGUCGGCGCUGUUGAGCUGUUACUGAACCACAAAAAGCCCAGUGGAGAAAAACAGGUGCCUCCCAUUCUCCUUGAUAAGCAGUUCUCUGAAUUCACUCCGGACAUUACACCAAUCAUUUUGGCAGCCCAUACAAAUAAUUAUGAGAUAAUAAAACUUUUAGUUCAAAAAGGAGUCUCGGUACCCAGACCCCAUGAGGUCCGCUGUAACUGUGUUGAAUGCGUCUCCAGCUCAGACGUGGAUAGCCUCCGCCACUCACGCUCCAGACUCAACAUCUACAAGGCCUUGGCCAGUCCCUCUCUCAUCGCACUGUCAAGUGAAGAUCCUUUUCUCACAGCCUUUCAGUUAAGUUGGGAGCUUCAGGAACUGAGUAAGGUGGAAAAUGAAUUCAAGUCAGAGUAUGAGGAGCUGUCACGACAGUGCAAACAAUUUGCUAAGGACCUACUGGAUCAGACAAGAAGUUCCAGAGAACUGGAAAUCAUUCUUAAUUACCGAGAUGACAAUAGUCUCAUUGAAGAACAAAGUGGAAAUGAUCUCGCAAGACUAAAAUUGGCCAUUAAGUACCGUCAAAAAGAGUUUGUUGCCCAGCCCAAUUGCCAACAGCUGCUUGCAUCUCGGUGGUACGAUGAGUUCCCAGGCUGGAGGAGAAGACAUUGGGCAGUGAAGAUGGUGACAUGUUUCAUAAUAGGACUUCUUUUUCCUGUCUUCUCUGUGUGCUACCUUAUAGCUCCUAAAAGCCCACUUGGACUGUUCAUCAGAAAGCCAUUUAUCAAGUUCAUCUGCCAUACAGCAUCCUAUUUGACUUUUUUGUUCCUGCUGCUGCUUGCCUCUCAGCACAUCGACAGGUCAGACUUGAACAGGCAAGGUCCACCACCAACCAUCGUCGAGUGGAUGAUAUUACCGUGGGUCCUGGGUUUUAUAUGGGGAGAAAUUAAACAAAUGUGGGAUGGCGGACUUCAAGAUUACAUCCAUGAUUGGUGGAAUCUAAUGGAUUUUGUGAUGAACUCCCUAUACUUAGCAACAAUCUCCUUGAAAAUCGUUGCAUUUGUAAAGUACAGUGCUCUUAAUCCACGAGAAUCUUGGGACAUGUGGCACCCCACUUUGGUGGCUGAAGCUUUAUUUGCCAUUGCAAACAUCUUCAGUUCUCUGCGCCUGAUCUCACUAUUUACCGCAAAUUCUCACCUGGGGCCUCUGCAAAUAUCCCUGGGAAGAAUGCUCCUGGACAUUUUGAAGUUUCUAUUCAUAUACUGCCUCGUGUUGCUAGCAUUUGCAAAUGGCCUGAAUCAACUAUACUUCUAUUAUGAAGAAACGAAAGGGUUAAGCUGCAAAGGCAUACGAUGUGAAAAGCAGAAUAAUGCAUUUUCAACGUUAUUUGAGACACUCCAGUCCCUAUUUUGGUCAAUAUUUGGGCUCAUCAAUUUAUAUGUGACCAAUGUCAAAGCACAGCAUGAAUUCACUGAGUUUGUUGGUGCCACCAUGUUUGGGACAUACAAUGUCAUCUCUCUGGUUGUCCUACUCAACAUGUUAAUAGCUAUGAUGAAUAAUUCUUACCAACUUAUUGCUGACCAUGCAGAUAUAGAAUGGAAAUUUGCUCGAACAAAGCUUUGGAUGAGUUACUUUGAAGAAGGAGGUACCCUGCCUACUCCCUUCAAUGUCAUCCCGAGCCCCAAGUCUCUCUGGUACCUGAUCAAGUGGAUAUGGACACAUCUGUGCAAGAAAAAGAUGAGAAGAAAACCAGAAAGUUUUGGAACAAUUGGGGUAAGAACACAGCAUAGACGAGCUGCUGAUAAUUUAAGAAGACAUCACCAAUAUCAAGAAGUUAUGAGGAAUCUGGUGAAGCGGUACGUGGCUGCCAUGAUCAGAGAUGCCAAGACUGAAGAAGGUCUGACGGAAGAGAACUUUAAGGAACUAAAGCAAGACAUUUCUAGUUUCCGCUUCGAAGUCCUGGGGUUACUAAGAGGAAGUAAACUAUGUACGGUGCAAUCCGCUCACGCCGCGACGGAGUCUUCCAACUCAGCUGACUCUGAUGAAAAGAGCGAUAACGAAGGAAGCAGCAGGGACAAGAAAAAGAACUUCAGCCUUUUCGAUUUAACCACCCUGAUUCAUCCGAGAUCGGCAGCAAUUGCCUCUGAAAGACACAACAUAAGCAAUGGCUCCGCCCUGGUGGUGCAGGAGCCCCCGAGGGAGAAGCAGAGAAAAGUGAAUUUCGUGACUGAUAUCAAAAACUUUGGGUUAUUUCACAGACGAUCAAAACACAACGCUGCUGAGCAAAAUGCAAACCAAAUCUUCUCUGUUUCAGAAGAGAUGGCUCGUCGACAGGCUGAAGGACCACUGGAGAGAAAUAUUCAACUGGAAUCCCGAGGCUUAGCUUCACGGAGUGACUUGAACAUCCCCGGCCUCAGUGAACAAUGUAUAUUAGUAAACCAUCGAGAAAGGAACACAGACACCCUCGGUUUACAGGUAGGCAAGAGAGUGUGUCCGUUCAAGUCAGAGAAAGUGGUCGUGGAAGACACCGUUCCAAUAAUACCAAAGGAGAAGCGCGGGAAGGAAGAGGACUGUAGCGUAGACUAUGACGUAAACCUCACUGACACGGUCACCCACGAGGACUAUGUGACAACAAGAUUGUGAUACUUGAAGGAGGAAGUGUAUAUCCUGCAUACACGUAUUUUCCGUAGUGGUCUGGGUGGGGGGAGAUGUUUAAAAGUGAAUUAGCAAAUGCUAACGUACACUUUAUAGCAUUUAUUAACUGUGGCAUAUUAAUGUGUAACAAGUUUAAUUAAGGCAAAGGCUAUCAAAAACCUUUGUUUUGUAGCCUGCUUUUGCUUUCACAAUUUGUUUUACAAUUUUUUUGUUAAUAAAUAAACGCACCUUGUAUUCUUGUACUGUUGCA